AUGCUUGAGAAGGAGCAAAUGCCCGAGGACCAUUGUUGUCCCUGGGUCCGUCCGAAAGAGGAGAUCUCUCCGGGAAAGGCAAUUGUCUCAGAGCACAAAGCUGGCAGCAAAACAACCUUCGUGUCGAAGCACCCCGACUUCAAGAAAGUCGAGGCAACACGCCCGGAUUUCAAUCACAACGCACCAAUCGACGUAACCAAGUCACCGGAUCCGAGUUGGAGGUAUGGCCAAGGUGUCAACGAUGGCGGCGCCAGUUUGCAGAAGAAGCAUGUCGAGAUCGACCCUUUCGCGGAAGGCAGGCCAAUGAUGUCUAAUUACAAACUCCUCGUAUCUGGCAUCGUUCCACGUCCGAUCGGCUUCAUAAGCACUCUAUCGGCAGAUGGGAAGACCGCCAAUCUCGCUCCCUUCAGCUACUUCCAAGUCGUCGACCAUGAUCCUCCGAUGUUCAUCGUCGGCUUCUCGUCCCGGCCCGGGCCUUCGAAAGACACGUAUCGUAACCUCAAGGAGACGGGCGAGUGCGUUAUCAAUAUCGUCUCUGAGAAUAUGUUGCCAGCGGUCAACGCUACGUCCAUCGACGCCCCGUACGGAGUAUCCGAGUGGGCGGUGGCAGGCUUGCAUCAAGCGCCCAGCGCUACAGUGGCGCCGUCGAGAGUGCAGGAGUCCGUCUUCUCGAUCGAGGCGAAGUUGACGGAUAUGAAGGAAUUUGAAAAUCACGCUAAACCGGGUAUGAGUAUUGCGGCCUUGGGUAUUGUUGAAGCGACGAGGUUCUGGGUCCGUGAAGACGCGAUUGAUGAGGAUAGGAGUCAUGUUGACCUGAAGGUCCUGAGGCCGGUUGCUCAGUUGGGUGGGAUCUCGUAUGCGAGGAUCACGGAGACUUUUGAGUUGCCGAGAAGCAAUUGGGAUGCUGCGGUCAAAGAGGAGAGUUGGCUGGGGGAGUUGCCCGGAGCAAAGGAUGCAAGUGCGUAA